GAUUCAAGCGCGCCUACUUUCAAAAUGGCGGCAGCCAGAGUACAACUCGUGGAUCCAGUCGAAAGACUGAAAGAAGAGUACAAAGCCUGGAAACACAAUCACCCCAAGGAUUUCAUCGCGAAACCAGUUAAGAAGGACGAUGAAGAAAUCGACUGGCUUACAUGGCAAUGUGCUAUCCCAGGACCUAAAAAGACCAUUUGGGAAGGAGGUAUGUACAAGCUGGAGUUGUCAUUUCCCGAGGAUUACCCAUUUUCACCUCCUAAAUGUGUGUUCAAUCCCAUCAUCUUACAUCCAAAUGUGUUUCCCUCCGGCAAAGUUUCCUUGUCACUGAUUGACAAGAGUAAAGGCUGGAAGCCACAAAUCACCGCUAAAGAGGUACUCCUUGGUAUUCAGCUGUUGUUAGGUGAACCUAAUUUCCAGGACCCAGCUCAGGCAGAAGCUUAUGUAGUUUAUUGCCAAAGCCGGAUGGAAUACGAAGAAAGAGUUAAGAAGCAAGCAAAAGAGAUGGCUCCUAAUGGACUAGGAUAAAACUAACCACAAUAUUAAACAUAUUAAAGAACAAGAGAAAAUGAUAAUUAUUAAGAAACUAUUGUAAGAGUAGAGGAAAUAGCAGCAGCUGUUUCAUGAUCUGGCAGUGCUCUAUAGGCUCAGUUUCUGCCACUCCCUCCAGUCCCAUCCUGUUCCUCCUCUACUGGAGAGGAUUGGGGAGUUCUUUUGCCAAACAGUGGCUGGCAAUCAUACCCAUAUACUCUAAGGCUACAAGACUUCCUGCUACCUUUAAAUUUGUUUUAAUGUCGGUUCUAGUAAUGUGG